CGGGGCACUUACUGAUUGCCAACCAGACUUCCUUGCCUCAUCAGGACCCAACCCAUUCCGAGCCGAUAGCUGGAAAGGGGGGUAUAUUCUGCGCAUCCAGGCCUCCGAGACCUUUGCCUGGCUUUGCGCGGCGCUCACGAGAAUCGGACAAGCGACAAUAACCAAAUUAUGCCGCAUUCAGUGACGCCUCCGACAAUGACGGUGCCCAUCAAGGCGCCCGACGGCGCUGCCCCGCCUCCCACGUCCGCCGAGGUCUCGUCCAUUAUCAACACCAUCUUCACCGCCAAGACCUCGUCCGCCUCGAUCGAUGCAUGCUACGGCCUGUGCGAGCUGCUCCUCAACUCGGUCGGUGUUCAGGGCCUGCACGACUACGGCGUCCUCGCCGAGAUCAGGAAAGCCGCGGCCGACAAGAAAAGCGGCCUCCGACGCGAAAGCGCUCAGAACCUGCUCGGCGCCCUGUUCGAACGUUUCCCGCCACGCCAGCCCAUCAGCGAGAUUGUGUUCCUCCUUCAGGAUGGCGGUGUGCUCAGCUGCGCUCUCGAUGCGCUUGCCGACAAAGGUUCCGUUGUUCGCGACGCAGCCCAAUACGGCAUCGAUGCGCUCUUCGCCAACCUAAGCGCCGAGGCCAUGAUUGCCGGCCUCCUACCCGCUCUCACCGAAUACAUUGCUAAGGCCGGUGGCAAGUGGCAAGGAGUGGUCGGCGCAUUCAAGUUGAUGCAGAAAAUGGCGGACAAGGCCAAGAUCACAGCGGGGAGCACAAAGGAGGAGGCCCGGGAGCAGGACUUUCUGCGCGAGGCCAUGGGCUCCAAGCUUGCCAGUUUGAUCCCAGUUGUCGAGAACGGCAUGCUGGACAUGAAAUCCGAGGUGGAGAAGCAGGCGGUCAAGACCAUGACGUCGCUGACUACUCUGCUUUCGAACGACGACGUGGCGCCUCGCAUCCCCCUUCUCAUCGAAACCAUGCACCAUCCCUCGGCAGAGGCCGUGCAUAAGGCUAUCCACGCCUUGUCGCAGACAACGUUUGUUGCCGUUGUGACGUCGCCCGUCCUUGCCUUGCUUACCCCUUUCCUGGAGCGCGCCCUCAACAACCCGUCGACGCCACAGGAAGUCCUCCGCCAGACCGUUGUCAUCACAGAGAACCUCACUAAACUUGUACACGACCCGAUCGAGGCGCGGACCUUCCUGCCAAAGCUUCAACCAGGCAUCAAGAGUGUCGUGGAGAGGGCUUCGCUGCCCGAGGUGCGUCAGUUGGCCACGCGAGCGCUGGGCGUGAUGGACAAGGCCAUGGGCAUGGACAACGAGAAGACGGCUGUUGUCGAGCGGACCACAGCGGACGAUGUUUUCUCGCAGCUCCAACUCGAGAUUAAAAACAGCAACAACAGCGCCGCCGGUGACAAGCUCGUGCUGCCGUACAUUGCCUGCAUGGUCAGCGAAGAUGUCAAUCACCGCCAGCUCGACCGCAUACAUGCCAGGAUCGCCCCUUACCUCCGGUCGUUGAUACACCCAGCUGCAGCUGAAAGAGUUGCUGCAGCUGUCCACGAGUUCUAUGUGGAGGAGGACCACCGCAAGUACGGCGUUCCUGAAAAAGAGGACGACGGUGAGGUUGAGAUCGUGAAUGCCGACUUUUCGCUCGCGUACGGCGGCAUGCUCCUGCUGUCUCAUACCAACUUGAGGCUGCUCAAGGGCCAUCGUUAUGGCCUUUGCGGGAGGAACGGUGCAGGCAAGUCGACGCUGAUGAAGAGCAUUGCUGGCGGCAAGCUGGAAGGCUUCCCGCCCCAGGAUGUGUUGCGGACUUGCUACGUCGAGCACAACCAGGGCGAGGAUGCUGAUAUCAGCAUCUUGGAGUUCGUAUCUAAGGACCCGGUCAUCGCGAAGGAAGGGCAAGAGAGAAUCUCCGCCGUCCUGGAAGAAUUCGGCUUCACAUCUGGGCCGGAGGGCCGGCAGUCCCAGAAGGUCGGCUCGCUCUCGGGAGGUUGGAAGAUGAAGCUGGCUCUUGCUCGUGCUAUGCUGCAGAGAGCCGAUGUCCUGCUGCUCGACGAACCUACUAACCAUCUUGACGUGGCAAACAUCAAGUGGCUCGAGAACUAUCUUAAGACGCACACCGACAUCACCAGCUUGAUCGUGUCCCACGACUCCAGUUUCCUUGAUGAGGUCACUACCGAUAUCUACCACUACGAGCCCAACAAGAAGCUCGGCCACUACAAGGGCAACCUUGCCGCUUUUGUCAAGAUCCGCCCAGAGGCCAAGAGCUACUACACGCUGUCGGCCUCGAACGUGCAGUUCAAAUUCCCUCCGCCCGGAAUCCUUAGCGGUGUCAAGUCACAGACUCGUGCCAUCAUCCGCAUGACUAAUGUCUCGUACACCUAUCCUAAUGCGCCCAAGCCGUCCCUGACAGACGUGUCCUGCCAGCUGUCGCUCUCCUCUCGAGUGGCCAUCAUCGGCCCCAACGGUGCCGGCAAGUCCACGCUGAUCAAGCUCCUGACGGGCGAGGUGAUUCCCACGUCCGGCAAGGUCGAGAAGCACCCCAAUCUCCGCAUCGGUUACAUCAAGCAGCAUGCGUUGGAACACGUCGAGAUGCAUCUUGAGAAGACACCCAACCAGUAUCUCCAGUGGCGGUAUGCCCAUGGCGACGACCGGGAGGUGCACAUGAAGCAGACGCGGAUGCUGUCAGAUAAAGACCGGGAGCAGAUGGAAAAGUUCAUCGAUGUCGGUGAUGGCAAGGGGAAGCGCCAGGUCGAAGCGCUUGUCGGUCGGCAGAAGUAUAAGAAGACCUUCCAAUAUGAGGUAAAAUGGCGCAAUUUCCUCCCUAAACACAACACCAUGAUCUCGCGCGAGACCCUCCUCGACUUAGGUUUCGCCAAACUCGUCCAAGAUUUCGAUGACCAUGAGGCCUCCCGGGAAGGGCUCGGCUACCGCGAGCUCCAGCCGUCGGUCAUUUCCAAGCACUUCGAGGACCUCGGUCUGGACCCAGACAUCGCCAACCACAACGAGAUUGGCUCCCUCUCCGGCGGCCAGAAAGUCAAGGUCGUCAUCGCGGGAGCCAUGUGGAACAACCCGCACUUGCUGGUCCUCGACGAACCGACCAACUUCCUCGACCGUGACUCCCUCGGUGGCCUGGCAGUCGCCAUCCGCGAUUUCAAGGGCGGCGUGGUCAUGAUCUCGCACAACGAAGAAUUCGUCGGCGCGCUCGCCACCGAGCAGUGGCACGUCGUGGACGGACGGGUUACCCACCGCGGCCACUCGGCCGUCGCGCUGGACCGGUUCGAGGAUGCGAGCCGGCCUGCGAGCGCGGUGCCCAGCGGUGUGAACAGUCCUGUGCCCAGCUCCAGUGCCGUCAGCAGCGCGGUGAACAGCGGGGCCGAGGAUAAUGGCGGACCCGCGGUCACAGGGGAGAGCAUGAAGUUCAAGGCGAAAAAGAAGAAGAAGAUGACGAAGCGCGAGCUGAAGGAACGGGAGGUCAGGCGGAGGUUGAGGCAUAUCGAGUGGUUGAACAGUCCUAAGGGCACACCGCGGCCGCCGGAUACGGAUGAUGAGGCCGAGUGAGAGAGGAAGUGGAUGGCUUCCAUCGGGUCGAGAGUAUACAGGGGUAAUAUAGGGCUGUCGGGUGAUCUCGCCUUUUCUUUUGUCUUGAUGGUGUUUCAUGAAGAGCGAGCGAGGGAUGAGUGGACCGCUGGGCUAUGGCUGGGGUAAUGAAGAUAGAGUCUAGACGCGAUUUGCGGGGUCUUUCUGGGUUGAAAAGUUCAGGAUUAUAGGGAAAGAGGCGUUUUACACUAUAAAUCGGGGAAUUGCUAUUCUGACCGCCGCGUUUGGCCUUUUCUUAGCAAACUGCUCGACAUAACUAAGGUAGGCAGCAUGGGCAUGUCUGCUCCAGGCUCGUGGGACAGAACCACCUUAUCCAGGUUCGGGUCUCCAAUGAAAAAACCGGUAAUUGAUUGCCAGUUUCCGUUAGAUAGGCUUGAACUCCCAAGUAUACAUAGUUACAUCGGGAUGAUUAACGAUUAACUAGCAAUAACGGCA